UUUCAAAAACCUGUCAUCCAUUGUUGUUUGAUGUUGACACUGUCACUGUCGUAUGAUAAUCAUAGAACAAAUUGUGACCCAGAAUAUCAAUCAAGGUCUAAAAAAGUCACGAUUUGAUUAAAAUUAGUAACGAUUAGGACUGCGUCAGUUUAAGUGUUUAUCAUGGCCAGCCUGCUCAGAUCCUUAGCCUUAACUGAGAAUGUCGUGGCGAAAACUUGCCCAAAGAUUCUAGGGACUGUCGCCAACAGUCGUUGGAACCCACAGACGCAACAGAAAAGGAACCUUAACGUUCACGAGCACGUCAGCUACACUUUGUUGAAAGAUGCUGGCAUUACAGUGCCUAACUUUGGAGUGGCGAAAACCAAACAGGAAGCCCGCCAAAUCGCAGAAAAACUCAACACCAAGGACUUGGUCCUUAAGGCUCAGGUGCUGGCAGGUGGUCGUGGCAAGGGCUCAUUCAAGAAUGGACUUAAAGGGGGUGUUAGAAUGGUUUACUCCCCUGAUGAAGCAGAAGACAUCAGCGGCCAAAUGUUGGGACAAUAUCUAGUCACCAAACAGACAGGUGAAAAGGGGAGAAUAUGCAACGCAGUAAUGGUAGCCGAACGAAAAUUCCCCAGAAAAGAGUUCUAUUUUGCAGUGAUGAUGGAAAGAGCCUUUGCGGGCCCUGUUAUAAUCGCCUCAUCCCAAGGCGGUGUAAAUAUCGAAGAAGUAGCGGCAGAAAACCCCGAUGCCAUCCUCUACGAGCCCGUCGAUGUAACUAAGGGACUGACCAAAGAGCAGGCUGAAAAAGUUGCCGUUAAGGUCGGACUGGAGUCCCAGAAGGAGAAAACUGCUGAAAUGCUGCUGAGGAUGUACGAUUUGUUUGUUAAAAAGGACGCGCUACUGAUCGAAAUCAAUCCCUAUGCUGAAGAUGCUGGUGAAAAGUGUACGUCCAAAAAUGCCAAAGCGCGAUUUGUGCCUGUGAUGGGAUAUUGUUCUUUUGCAGAUUUUUCUUUGGAUGCCAAGUUUCGGUUUGAUGAUAACGCGGCCUUUAGGCAGAAGGAUCUUUUUGCUCUUCGGGACUGGACCCAAGAGGAUGAGAAGGAAGUGGCUGCAUCCAAGUUUGAUCUAAACUACAUUGCCUUGGACGGCAACAUUGGCUGCAUGGUAAAUGGGGCCGGUUUAGCCAUGGCUACUAUGGAUAUUAUUUCGCUCCAUGGCGGUUCUCCGGCUAAUUUCUUGGAUGUUGGAGGUGGUGCAACCGCAUCAGCAGUAAAAGAAGCCUUCAAAAUUAUCACCGCUGAUCCAAAGGUCCAUGCCAUACUGGUUAACAUUUUCGGCGGCAUCAUGAGAUGCGAUGUAAUCGCCGAAGGAAUUAUCGCUGCAGCCAAAGAGCUGAGCCUGAAAAUGCCAAUCGUCUGUCGGCUUCAAGGCACGAACGUGGAUGACGCCAAAGUCUUGAUUGCCAGUUCUGGACUGAAAAUAUUGCCGGUAGAUAAUCUGGAUGAAGCCGCUCGAUUGGCUGUAAAGCUGUCCAAUAUUGUCAGUUUGGCCAGAGAUGCCAAGCUGGACAUUAACUUCGAAAUUCCUUUGUAAAAGGCCAAUCUAUAUUACCUAUUUAUUGAAAAUGUAUUGUGAGUAUUACAAACCACGGGUGAGUAUCUUCAGUGUUCAUCCAAAAUGUCAUUAAUAAUAUUUAUUUAUUUUUGGUUUGUUUUAUCAUACUUUAUUAUUCAUUGAUAUACAAUUUUGCUGUAAAAAACCUCCAUUGUCUUCAAUUUUAUGGUCUAUAUUAGUUUGUUCUCGAACAAACGCCGUCUUAUUGUAAUUUUAACUGUACAUAUUUGUUGUUACCUUAAAAAGUGCGUGAAACACUCUCGGCAUGUGAUUCAAGUUGAUUUGGAGUUAGAAGGCUUUUGGCAGGUUGGCGCUUUGCAAAAUUCCAAGCAAAAUUAAUGUAAAUCAAUCUUAUUGCUGGUAAAUGCACUUUGUUAUUUGUAAUAAAUUUAUUUGUUGCACUUGUUGGAAA